AGGGAAGUUUCAAUUAACGAGGUGUCGUGAACGCAUCGGAAGAAGUAGUGGGCAAACGUCAAGAUGGUGAAAUUUGGGCUACAAUUCAAGGCCACCCUGGAAAAUGUCACCAACGUGAGGCCGUUUGGAGAAGACUUCCGCUGGUUUCUGAAGCUCAAGUGUGGAAACUGUGGCGAGAUCCCGGAUAAAUGGCAGUAUAUAACUUUAGUGGAGAGUGUGCCUCUAAAGGGAGGAAGAGGGAGUGCCAGCAUGGUGCAGAAGUGCAAACUUUGCGCCAGAGAGAACUCUAUAGAUAUCCUGGGAGACACAAUCACACCUUACAAUGCUGAGGACAGCGAGCGCUUCAAGACAAUGGUGCAGUUUGAGUGUCGAGGUCUGGAGCCCGUUGACUUCCAGCCACAAGCUGGCUUUGCUGCAGAGGGAGCAGAGUCUGGAACAAAGUUUCCUGAAGUUAAUCUACUAGAAAAAGACUGGACGGACUACGAUGAGAAAGUCAGUGAGUCGGUUGGAAUAUAUGAGGUCACACACCAGUUCAUCAAAUGCUGACAAGGAGGCGGUGAGGAGCCUCAGAGGAGAACGAAUGAACACUACAGCCAAACAUGCCCUUCUCACAACGAUGUUUCAGGCAUGGAGCUGCUGGAUUUGGUUGAACAUUGGAAGGUGUGGAUUAGCACAACAGGUGGUCCACACGCAUGCCUUGGAUUGAUCAACAUUUACAACAAACAAAGUUUUUUUCUUUUUCUUUUCUUUUCACCAACAUCACAAUAAAAUUCAAGGGUCAAAAUUUGGA